GUGGGGGAUGUCCCCCGAGCAAGGCUUCCCAAUGGUCCCAGGGUUGAGAAACCCAAGGCUAACAUUGGUACCAGCACAGUUGAUAGCAAAUGCUGUUUGGGAAAGGUUUUGGGAAUCCUUUGUCCUCGGCAGUGCUGGUCCCCCUUGUGGGUCCCCCUUGUUUGCUCCGCUCACCCAACUGGGAGCAGCAGGUGACCAUAACCUGUCCUGUGUCCUGUACUGCUGCCAUCGCUCUGCCUGGGCUCUUGCAGUCGGGCGCCUGCUCAUCGAGUUCAGCUCCCCUAUGAGCAUGGAGCGAGUGCAGCGGGAGAACCCCGAUGUGAGCCUGGGUGGCAAGUACACCCCCCCAGAUUGCCUGCCCCGGCAGAAGGUGGCCAUCCUCAUCCCCUUCCGGCACCGUGAGCACCACCUCAAAUACUGGCUGCACUACCUGCACCCCAUCCUGCGCCGGCAGAAGGUGGCUUAUGGCAUCUACAUCAUCAACCAGUAUGGUGAGGACACUUUCAACCGGGCCAAGCUGCUCAAUGUGGGCUUCCUAGAGGCGCUCAAGGAUGACGAGGAGUACGACUGCUUCAUUUUCAGCGAUGUGGACCUCAUCCCCAUGGAUGACCGCAACCUGUACCGCUGCUAUGAGCAGCCACGGCACUUCGCUGUUGGCAUGGACAAGUUUGGGUUCAGGUUGCCCUAUGCAGGAUACUUCGGUGGCGUCUCUGGGCUGAGCAAGUCCCAGUUCCUAAAGAUCAAUGGCUUUCCCAACGAGUACUGGGGCUGGGGAGGAGAGGACGAUGACAUCUUUAACCGGAUCUCCCUGAAUGGCAUGAAGGUGUCGAGGCCCGACAUCCGCAUCGGGCGGUAUCGCAUGAUCAAGCACGAACGUGACAAACACAAUGAGCCCAACCCGCAGAGAUUCACCAAGAUCCAGAACACCAAAAUGACCAUGAAGCGGGAUGGGAUCAGCUCACUGCAGUACCGGCUGGUGGAGGUGUCACGCCAGCCCAUGUACACCAACAUCACGGUGGAGAUUGGCAGGCCGCCCCCACGCUUGGCCCGGGGCUAGUGCUUGCCCUGCAGGCAAAGCUGCAUGGAGCUGGUGCUCUGUGCCAGGGCUGGCUGGACGCUGUGGAUGUUGCCCCAGCCCCCGGGCAAGGACUGAACGGGGAUGUUUUCUGCCUACUCUGCUGCCUUUUGGAGACAGCUGUGCCCUAGCCCACCUGUUGGUCCUGAGGAUUUCUGCAAUCUGUUGUCCCCCCCUUUUCCCCAUCCCUACAAGUGUGUUUCCAGAACUCCCAUAGUGUUGGCUGAAGCACCCAUCUGCCCUGCGCGCAGCUCCCAGACAGAGGGAGGGGACAGUCCCAGCCCCGGUGAAGAGCCCCUUGCCCAUGCCAGCUCCUGCCUGCACCCUAGAAGGGAAGGAUGAGCCCAAAGGUCAGCCUAGCACCCAGUCCCCACCGGUGCUGCGAGAAGCGGGGUGCAGGCUUCCCCCUUCACCAGUGCUGGAGCUGUUACUACCCUGGCUGAAGGCAUAGGGAGUAGCCCAGGCCCCCACAACAGGCAGGAUCGGACACACAGAUGUGGCUCGCUGUCUUCCUCUGCUUUAGUCUGGUGCUCAGGGCUGGGUCUCAGCUCUGCUAAACAGCGACCUCUGGUUAGCAAACACCCCUUGCUGUGCCUCAGUUUCCCCGGGCCUGGCAGCCACGUCCUCUUUCCCCUCUCUGAAGGCAGAUGCUGUGUGCAUGUCCCUGUUAACCCACACGUGCACCAGCUCUCACCACUUUGGGCAAUAGGGUGACGUGAAACCUCAGAGCCCCUCUUGGCCAGGGGGCUGCCCCGGGGCUCUCUCCACCCAGAUGCUGUUUGCAGGCAGUGGGGAUUGGCUGGCUCUGCCCUUGCUGCUCUCCAGCUUCCCCUCUCCAGCUCUGGGGUGGGGAGGAGAGGACAGGGCCAUGCGGGGCAGGUGCCCCAUCUCUCCCCAACUUCCCCUCCUUGGGGCUGGGGGCACAGCCACCCCCUUGCAGCCAGCUGGAAGAGCUGGGCAGCAGGGGCACUGGCAACUUUUGUACAUUUGAAUGUCUGACCCUUUUUUUGAGCGUACGUUGAAUGCAGCAUUCGGUCGUAGAGACCUGGGUUUUUGUAUUUAAUAAAAAUUUCAAAAGUUCACAGGA